AUGAGAUUCUCCGCCGCCCUCUCUGUCGCAAUUCUCGCCUCAGCAGCUUUUGCCGCACCAGUAGAUACGGAACAACAUCCCCUAGCAUCCUCGUCACAUGUCUCAAAGGUCCCCGCAGAUGCGGCUGGCGCGGCAGCACCCUCAGCAGCUACACCAAGAACUAGCAGCAGCAGCAGCAGCAGCACAUCGCCGGCGUCCAACAUCAUCGCUUCCGCUUGGAAACAGAUCUUUGGCGACAAGGAAGGAGAGGAGGAUCCGAACCUGGGAAGGGCAUGCUUUUGCGCCAACGGAUCGAUUUGCUGCAAUACUUCGGAAGGCCUCGACUGCACGCAAGGCUUGUGCGGAUUGUAA